CACUGAUUGUGAAUAAAUCUCUAAGCUAAAUAAACAUCCUAAAUCGCGCGAACUCGCCACUUCCCAAAAUGCUCGUGGAAAGGUGCCGAGACUGUUGAGUCCAAGACGACCAGCUAUUGAUGAAGGCCCUGGCGUGAAGAGGACGAGCAUGGGUGCUUCCAUCUGUAUAGAUCUCGUCAGUCCACAUAGUCAUGGCUCAACAUUGAUUUACACCCUGGUCAUUGGGCUUCCCACAGUGCUCUUCUUGAUUUUCUUGGGAUGGCGCCUACUGCCCUCAAUCCGCAAGCUGCAGCGGUCACAGUCCCACAUCAUGACCACAUACUAUGCAUUCCUGUGGGUGGUCGGUCUGCUCAACGUGCUGCGCUGCCUCGCAUUCGUGGCAGAAGUGGAAUCUUCCAGCCCCCUCCUCCUCAACCUCCUCUGGCUCCUCACACGCUUUGGACUGGUGAUGCUGGAGGUAUCGGUGGUGGUGUUUCUGCUGCAGGGCUAUCUCACAAGCGGGAGGGAGGCUCUUAUCAGGACUCUGUGGAUGUCUGGAGCAUAUGCAGCCUUUGAGACUGUGGUGGCAUCGAUAUACAUAUUUGGAGCGCACGUGCCCCUGUUUCUCUACGGGGGAAGCCCGGAGGCACCUGGGGAUGAUCUGCGCUGGAGCAAAUGGGGCUUCUGGCUGGCGCACACCGUGCUGUUUCUGCUGGUCUAUGCCCUCAUUCUGAUCCUGCCCAACACCAAAUGGCGCGAUCGCUUGCCUGCCAAGCCCUCUUUCUACCGAUACAUCCUGGUUCUAUUUGCCUUGAAUGUCCUGGCCGGAUUAGGUUCGAUCUUGUUGGGAUCAGGCGUGAUUGGUGGAUAUUGUGUUUAUGGCCUCGCCACAUUCCUGUACUAUGCCAUAUACCCUCCGUUGCUCUACCUGACAUUCCUGUCAGAAUUCUUCUGGUCGAAUGAGGAGUUGGAUAUGGACCUGAUGUACUACUCAGAGAUGAAGGAGGCCGGCUACUUUGAAGAGGAUGACUAUGAUUUUUAAGCGGCGAAGUGAUGUUGCCAGGAAAUUGAUGAGUCAUUUGGGCCAGUUGCGACGCUGCUUUUGUUGUUUGCGGUGCUGUACCAUAAAUGCUUCAUGCUGAAUGCGACACAAUUACCGUAGUGUCCCAGUGACUGUAGCUUUUUGUACUGAUAAGUGUUAGCUCGGAAGGCGUCUGCCCUAAGGGGACAGACUCGCACUCUCAUGGGAUGCUACUUUUGGAGCAGCGCAUGCUCAGCAGCCUUGAGUGCUGGUUAUGUAAUGCAUUGAGGGUUGCUC